CAAAACAUGCGAGUGGCUAUAUACGACCGAAGUGAGUCCGAAUUGGGUGUUUGAACAAAACCAAACCUGAAAACUUUUAGGAUUGUUGGUUUGUUAAGAAGAAAUCGACCGAUUCUUGGAUGUGGAAGAGCCUCCUCAAGCUGAGGCACUUAGCGGAAAGGUUUAUCAAGUCAAAAAUUGGGAAUGGUGCCAACACGCGGUUUUGGUACGAUAAUUGGACACCUUUGGGUCCACUUCUAAAGCUUCUAGGCGACUCGGGUCCUAGAAGCCAAAGAAUUCCGGUGAAUGCUUCUGUUGCUUCAGCUUGCAACAAUCAAGGCUGGAUUCUUGCACCUCCUCGAACAGAUGCAGCGGUCUCGUUGCAUAUGUAUCUCUCUUCCAUCCCCCUACCGUCUGUUUCGGACAGUGAGGAUGGUUUUGAUUGGUAUGUGGAGGGCAAGCCUUGCGGGGGUUUCAGCACUCAGAUGACUUGGGACGUCGUUCGGCCGAGAGAUUCUCCCAAGGAUUGGGCUUCUCAAGUCUGGUUCAAGGGCUCAACUCCGCGACACGCUUUCAACAUGUGGAUUGCGCACCUUGACAGGCUUCCAACUCUUACUAGGCUGGCCUCUUGGGGAUUGCAUGUCAACCCUACCUGCAGCUUGUGCUCGGCUUCUCCUGAGAUAAGGGAUCAUCUCUUCAUCGACUGUGCUUUCACAGCUUCGAUAUGGGACCUUAUCUGCAAUCGCCUUGGCUAUUUGCACCAACCAUUUUCAAAUUGGUCUGGUUUGAUGCGUUGGUCGAAGCAUCGAAGUGAAACUGCCCCAAAAGUGCUUCGUCUUCUGCUGGUUCAAGCGCUGGUUUACACAGUAUGGAGACAGAGGAAUAAUUUAAUUCACAAUCUCCAAAGGAUCCCUCCUCAGACUCUUUUUAAAGAUAUAAAUCGCCAAAUCAUCAACUCCAUCACCGCUCGAGGGCAUAUGAAGCGAUUUAAAAACCUUAUGCCUUUGUGGCUUCGCUGAAGGAUUUCUUGGUCUUUCCUUUCACGCUCCUUAUUUGUGCCUUGGUUUUUUUCUCUUUUUUGACAAGGUCCAUUUCUGUAGGCUCUACAACGUUGUAUUUCCUUAUUUUCAUUAAUGAUAUUUACUAUUUAGC